UAAGAUGCAUGUUUUCAGGCCCUGAAUGAAAGAAAGAAGCUGAUAGCAUGAACUUUCAUAGAUUUGUUCCAAUUCCUUAGAGACACAGGGUGAAGUGGAGAGUCCAGAGACAAACCUGUAUAUAGGCCAUUUGUGUGUGAGAAUGUCAAUUAAAAGUUUAGAUUUCUCUUUGAUUUCUUGGAUCUUGAGGAAAAGGUCUUUUGUUCUACUUGCUGUUGUCUCUUCUUUCUCUGCAUUGAUUGUCACAGUAGUUCUCUUUGUCCCUGCAUUCAAAUCAGUGAACAGUUGUGUUUAGGGUUCUGACCCUAAUUCUGUCUCCUUUUACUUUUUCUUCUCAUGUGUCCUCAAAAUUCUCAAUUAGUCUUAAUAGUGCUAAUCUAAUUUUUUAAACGUUAUCUUUAAAUUCAGCAGAGAUGUUCUUCAAGCUGUAUUUUGGCACAGUGGUUGGUUUAUUGUUAUUUAGCUUUACUCUAAUUUUUGAUAUUAGCUGUUUAUAGUUACUUUAGAUAGGUCCUUCUUCUACCUUCCCCUUCUAAUGAUUUAAAACAUCUGCGUUUAAGUUAAGAUUGACAGAUUUGUGAGGAACUCACUUCAAGUACCAAACUGAUUCUUAGUCAAACAGCUAUUGAAUCACAAGAUCCAGUACAACCUUUUAAAAUUUACUUGACAAUUAACAUUUCAGCUGAGUUGGGUAUCAUGCAGAAGAUUCCUGCCUCCUGCACAUUCUACUGUUUCAUGCCCAGUUGUAACAGAAACACAACAUAGAUUAAGGAACCUUGAUCUCCAGAGUUGUAGUCCAGUGCUCAAACCACUACAACACACUGGCUCUCCAUAUCAACAUUAGAGGAAGACAAUUAUGAGUGCCACUAUUGUUUAAUUCAGUGUAUGUGCUGAUGGGUAGAGUGCCCAAGGUUCAGAUCUCUGCCUACAGAAAACGCCGCACUGACAAUGACAUCCAGGGAUAACAACAGCAAGAAAGUGGCCCCUGUUCUCAGAAUAAGUCAGCUUGAUACUCUUGAAUUAAACAAAGCCCUUGAGCAGUUGGUGUGGUCCCAGUUUACCCGAUGUUUUCAUGGAUUUAAACCUGGACUCUUGGCUCGAUUUGAACCUGAGGUGAAAGCAUGUCUGUGGCUUUUUUUAUGGAGAUUCACCAUCUAUUCCAAGAAUGCCACCGUGGGACAAACCAUUCUGAACAUUCAGUACAAGAAUGACUUAUCCCAGAUGGAGAAAUAUCAGACACUGAGCAAACAACAGAAAUUGUGGUAUCUUAUUUGCACUGUCGGUGGGAAGUGGCUAGAAGAAAGGUGUUAUGAUUUAUUUAGCCAUCGUCCCCUGGAGUCAUUCCAGAAGACAAAGUAUAUUAUUAACUUAGUAGUUGGGCUCCUCAAACUUGGUGACUUGCUGAACUUCCUAAUUUUUCUUCAGAAAGGAAAGUAUGCUACACUCACUGAACGUAUUUUGGGAAUCAGAUCAGUGUUCUGCAAGCCACAAGGGGUUCGUCAAAUUGGAUUUGAAUACAUGAACAGGGAAUUGUUAUGGCAUGGGUUUGCUGAAUUUUUUAUUUUUCUUUUACCACUUAUUAAUAUGCAAAAACUCAAACUCAGGGUUUCUUCUUGGUCUUUACCUAUUGCUGGAUAUACUAAGAAUGAAAAUAGUUCAGUAAUAUGUCAUAAGGAAUGUUCCCAGUGCGGGGAAUGGCCUACUAUGCCUCACACUAUAGGUUGUUCACAUGUUUUUUGUUAUUAUUGUGUCAAAAGUAACUACUUACUUGAUAUGUAUUUUGCCUGUCCUAAAUGUGGCACAGAGAUGCAAGAUCUUCAGCCAUUAAAAUAUAAGAUAGAGAUGAAAGAGGUAUCUAAACAGUAGACUUCAAGAGGUUUUUCCUAAACUCCAUAAUUUUAAAUAACUUGUGAAAUCUGUCCCUCUAAUUUUUGAAUUCAGCUUUGCCUGUAAUAAUUUUGACCUUUUUCAUUGUGUAAUAUCAGUGGGCGCUACUUUAUAAAUUGUUUCAUGAUAAAAUGCUCAGCAUAUCUAAAGAGAUUAUAAUUUUCAAAACAUAAGAAACUUUAUAAAUAAAUUAAAAAUGAAACUAUAA